UUUUCUUAACUAGGCCUUUUCCUUGUCUUGCAUCUUGAAGAAUAAGCACAAGACUGAUCAAACGACCAUGGGGAUGCCUUCUUUCAAUGUCUCCAGGUUCCCACUAACCCUGUCCUUACUCAGCUUCCUAAGCCUAAACAUUGAAGCAGCCCCAGAAUACCGCUACCAUUUCUGUUCAAACGAAACCACUUUCACCCCCAAUAGCACCUACCAGUCCAACUUCAACCACCUCCUCUCUUCCCUUUCCUCAAAUUCCAUGCGUGAAAGUGGUUUCUACAACACCACCGUUGGCCAAACGCCAGAGACCACAGUCUACGGCCUCUUCUUCUGCCGUGGAGACCUCACAACCGAUGAAUGCCAAGACUGUGUGUCAACAGCAAUCAAAGAAGUUGAGCAGUACUGCCCCGUAGAAAAAGUGGCCGUGAUAUGGUACAGUGAAUGCGUGUUACGCUACUCAAACAAGUCAUUCUUCUCCACCAUGGACGAACAUCCCAGCGUUUCAUUGUAUAACAUUCAGAAUACAACAGAGCAAGAUCGCUUCUUCCUGCUACUUGGAGCUUCAAUGAAUGAAAUAGGGGUCAAAGCAUCAACUGCCCCCCCCGGUUCAAAAAAAUUUGCAACAAAAGAAGCCAAUUUUUCGGAAUUACAAACCACAUAUAGCCUCGUCCAAUGCGACCCUCUGCUAUCCAGCUCUGAUUGCAGUAGGUGUUUUGUGAAUCUCAUAUCAUAUUUGCUAAGUUGUUGUGCGGGAAAGCAAGGGGGUAAUGUUCUGAAUCCUAGUUGCUAUAUUAGGUAUGAAAUAUAUCCGUUUUACAGGGUACAAUCCACACCGUCAUCAGCUCCAGAAUCAGUGCUUGUUGCUCCUCCGCCUCCAAAUAUAGUCACCACACGAAAAGGAAAAGGCAAAAUCUCAUCGGUAAUUAUUAUCGCCAUUGUUGUUACAAUUGCUGCCUCUGUGGUGCUAGUCAUUCUGGCCUACUGUUUCCUCCGGAGGAGAGCGAGAAAGAAGUCUGAUGCUAUAAACGAAGAGAGUCCCAAGCAAUCUGAUGGUCUCCUUAAUUAUCAUGCUGCAAGUGAAAUAUCAGCUGUAGAAUCCUUGCAAUUUGAUUUUGUGACAAUUGAAGCCGCCACAAAUAAAUUCUCAGAUGACAACAAGAUUGGUGAAGGUGGAUUCGGAAAAGUUUACAAGGGUGUGCUACUUGACCAGAAGAAAGUAGCAGUUAAAAGGCUCUCAACAAAGUCAUUACAAGGCUUAGAGGAAUUCAAAAAUGAGAUCAUACUUAUUGCAAAACUUCAGCACAAGAAUCUUGUGAGGUUAUUGGGAUUUGGCAUAGAGGGAGAGGAAAAACUGCUUGUAUACGAGUUCAUGCCCAACAAAAGCCUUGAUAUUUUUAUUUUUGAUUCAAAAAGGCGCUCACAACUUAAUUGGAAGACUUACUAUAACAUUAUUAGUGGGAUUGCUAGAGGACUUCUAUAUCUUCAUGAGGAUUCCAGGCUUAAAAUCAUUCACAGGGACUUGAAGCCUAGCAAUGUGUUGUUGGACCAUGACAUGGUUGCAAAAAUAUCAGAUUUUGGAAUGGCAAGGAUCUUUUCUGAAAACCAAAAUAUAGCUAACACCAAAAGAGUUGUAGGAACAUACGGGUACAUGGCUCCAGAAUAUGCAAUGGAAGGAGUAUUUUCUGUGAAGUCAGAUGUCUUCAGCUUUGGUGUAAUCUUGCUUGAGAUUAUUAGUGGGAAAAAGAAUAGUGGCUUUUACCUUACCGAACAUGCUCAAACACUCCUUGCAUAUGCAUGGAGAUUGUGGUGUGAAGAUAAAGUGUUAGAGUUCGUGGACAGCUUCUUGAUGGAAUCAUGUUCGACAUCAGAAAUUGUAAAGUGCAUACAUAUCGGACUUUUGUGUGUGCAAGAAGAUCCACAAGAUAGACUUACCAUGUCAACUGUGGUAGCACUUCUAGGAAGUGAUUCAAUAGCCCUUCCUAAACCAAAACACCCUGCAUUUUCUGUGGCUAAAUUUAUUCAAAUGGAUGAAAUCUCUGUAAAUGAGCUUAGUUUUUCUAGUAUUGUACCACAAUGAAUACGUACAACUAUAUAAGAUUGGCAUUAGGUUUUGCAUAA